GUCUCUGCCUGACAGUCGCGCGGCUUAACCGCUAUUCCACUCGGCGGUGUAACGAGAUUUUUCAUUUCGAACACAACAGAAAUAAAAAAAUAUAUAAAACACAAAAAAAAAACAUCGAGAUUUAUGCUUACACGAAACACGCGAAUAAAGAGAGUGCCGCCCACUUGUCGUUUCUUUUGUGGGGCGAACAAAGCCGAAUAACGGUAAACGGGCAACGGGAAUCGGGAAUCUGUAUCGGGAAUAUACUAAAAAAACGGAAGAACAAGGAAUGUGAUUCCUUUGUGCAGGCAUUGCGUGCUAUUUAAUUGUGUUUCUGUGGCCCAGUGGCAAAUGUGCAUUUAAUAUUGAAUUUACAAUUUUAAUUCAAUCCAGCCCAACCCAAUUUAAGGCCCCCUGCUCCUGUUUUCCACCAUUCGUAUGCGUCAUAUGUAAAAGAGCGGAAAAGGGCGAAAAGGAGAGAGAGCCAGCGAAAGAAGCGGUGGCCACAACAAAAACAACCAACACAGAACAAGAAGCGCAAAACAGAACAACGGUACCCCAACACCCCCCACACCAGCUCCUUCCGUUGUUUUUGUUGCUGCUGCAGCUGUUUUAUGCUGCCGGCAAUUUGUGUGUGCCACCAAUGCGCAUGUGUGUGUGUGUCAACCCCCGCGGCCAAAAAGAAACAACGAAAAUAAAAUAAAAGUGAAAAGAACAAUUCCUCAUCACCAUUAGGAAUUGUUAGUUCAGCACAUCAAUUAAUUAAGUCUCAAAAAUAAAAGAAAUUAAAGAUACAUAAAUAGUUAUCCACGAGUAUUAAGUGAUCAAGGAAAGUGCCAAUCUUUUGUGUUCUUUUUCUCGGGAAAGAAAGAGAGCGCUUAAAAAUGUGCUCCACACGUGUCGUCGCCGUCCUGCUCGCCUUCGUUGCGCUGGCUUCUUGCAUCCUGGACGUGCCCCUGCGCCUCGAUAUAUCCCCGCCCACUUCUGAACAGCUGGAUAUGCAGGCAAUUAACCCCAAAGAAACAAAAAACAUCGUCUCCGAGGAUCUCAUGUACAAUUACCUCAUGCAGUUUGAUUAUCUGCCCAAGUCGGACCUGGAAACGGGCGCCCUGCGCUCCGAGCAGUACCUGAUAGAUGCAAUCCGGAGUCUCCAGUCUUUUGGCAACAUUCCAGUUACGGGCCAAAUCGACUCGGCAACGGCCCGGCUAAUACAGCAACCUCGAUGCGGCGUGGGCGACAAGAGGAACGCGUACAGUUUCUCACCAGAUAAUCUGGAUCACGACAGCGGCUACAGUGUGCGGGUGCGGCGUUACGUUCUGCAGGGACCCAAAUGGUCGAAAACGGAUCUUACAUGGAGCCUGGUCAACCAGACGAUGCCCAAUGCCUCGAAGGUCCGGGUGCUGGUGCGCCGAGCCCUGAAUGUUUGGGAGAACAACUCGAAGCUGACUUUCCGCGAGGUCUACAGCGACCAGGCCGACAUACAGAUACUCUUUGCACGGCUCGGCCACGGCGAUGGCUAUAAAUUCGAUGGACCUGGUCAGGUGCUGGCCCACGCCUUCUAUCCCGGCGAGGACCGUGGCGGAGAUGCCCACUUCGAUGCGGACGAGACCUGGAACUUCGAUGGCAAUUCCGACGACAGACACGGAACCAAUUUUCUGAACGUGGCCCUGCACGAACUGGGUCACUCGCUGGGUCUGGGCCACUCCUCGAACUCGGAUGCGAUCAUGUUCCCGUGGUACCAGAACAACGAGGUGGACGGCAACCUGCCCGACGACGACCGCCUUGGCAUCCAGGAGCUGUACGGCUCCAAGGAGAAGACCUGGGGACCCUAUAGGCCGCGCACCACGCCCUCGACCACCACCACAACUACUACGAUGCGAACGCUGAUCUUUAAGCCGGAGAAACCCGUCUACAGACCCAGGCAAAAUCCCAACAGUAAUCCGAAUAAGGAACGGGAUUGGGCCAGGGAGCGCCACGAGCAGGAGCGGAGGCUUAAGGAGCGUGAGCGCCAGGAGCAGGAGCGGAGGCUCAAGGAGCGUGAGCGCCAGGAGCAGGAGCGACAGGAGCAGGACAAUCGCCGACGUGAACGGGAGCGGCUGGAGCGGGAGCGGGCGCGUCAGGAGUGGGAGCUUGCGAAUCGGGAGCGGAAUGGCUACCGCCAACCAGUAACCGCCCCAACAAGAACCACUGCGAGAACCACAACCCGGCCUUAUGCCACUGGAGGGCACCGGCAGAGCCACCACCACAACAACAACAACAAGCCACGCAAACUCAAGCCGAACACCUGCAUGACCUACUACGAUGCCAUCUCAAUGUUCCGCAACGAACUGUUCAUCUUCCGAGGACCGUACCUUUGGCGCAUUGGAGCCUCGGGCUUGUACCCUGGCUAUCCCACGGAAACCAGGAGGCACUGGUCUGCUCUACCCGUGAACCUCACCAACGUGGAUGCCGUAUAUGAAAACAAAAAGCGACAAAUUGUCUUUUUCAUUGGACGUGAGUAUUAUGUGUUCAACUCGGUGACCUUGCUGCCUGGCUACCCGAAGCCGCUGGCCAGCCUGGGUCUGCCGCCCACACUGACCCACAUCGACGCCUCCUUCGUGUGGGGCCACAACAAUCGCACCUACCUGACCAGCGGCACUCUGUACUGGCGCAUCGAUGACUACACCGGCCAGGUGGAGCUGGACUAUCCGCGCGACAUGGCCAUCUGGUCGGGGGUGGGCUACAACAUCGAUGCGGCCUUCCAGUACACCGACGGCAAGACGUACUUCUUCAAGAACCUGGGCUACUGGGAGUUCAACGACGACCUCAUGAAGGUGGCCCAUGCCAGGCCCAAAUUGUCGUCGCGGAAGUGGAUGCAGUGCGUUCGGAGUGAAAACGAGGUGGACGAUGAGCAGCGAUGGACGGCGUCGUUGGUUUCGGGGGAAAGCGAGGGCGAUAGCAGCGAGGAAACGGGGAGGAGUGGAGCCACGCAGCAAGGGAUCAGGAUCAGCCUCCUGAUCCUGCUGCCGAUCCUCCUGAUUGCCACCACCAUCUGGCGGAGUUAAGAUUGGAUGGAGGUCUUAGGCUAAGCGAUCUCUAGCAUUAAGAACCACGGUUCGCCUCGUAUUUUUCAUAAAGUAAAAGAUUUAGUAAUGACACAUAAAGAUCUGUUCUGGUUUUAGUUUUUCCAGAUUUGGUUCAAUAUGAAAAUAUUGAGUAUUAAACGAUGUGCAAUCAGGAAAAAUUGAAUUUUAAAUCCUAUUGCAAAUUCUAUACAAUCUUAAAACUGUUCGAAAAUGUAAAAAAAAAAUGUUUUUUUAAUACCAUAAAAACCAGAGCAGAUCUAAUAGGAUCUAUAUGGCAGAGCGCAACUGUGUGACAGUCUGGCGCUUAAAUGCCCCCAAAGACGACACCGAGCGGCCUUUCCUUAGAUUUAAGGCAAAUAAAUCAACACCCAAGUGAGAGUCGCAAACAGAUAAAAGGAUCUAGGACUCGCCACUGGCUGAUUUAUUCAUGGACACUUGCCAAUUGUGCACACUGGCGCCAUCUAUUGGACAGAUAGCAGGGCUGUUUUACCAGAUAUAUAUAUACCAUAUACAUAUAUAAGAUAAAUAUUCAAGAUUAUACAGUAACUAUUAGUAUACUUGAUGUGGGAAUAAAUAAUAUUUUAAGUACGUACAUACAGGAAGCGUCGAAAAUUCAAUGUUGAAAUUCGAAACCACAACUGCCUUAUAAAUAAGUAUAGCAUUGCUUUUUAUUCAUGUUUUGACGACCCUUUCUAAUUAUUUAUAUGUAAAUGUGAUAUUAUCAUAAAUUCAGCGCGAUUGUAAACGAAAAAUAAACUGAGCGAAAACGAAAAUCUUACAUUUUGGUUAGUUUCUAGUUGAUUUUACAUAAGAUACUUAAGCUGCAAACUAUCUUUUUAUAUACUUUUUUACAGAAAAUAAAAUAAAUAAAUACAAUUAAAACAA